AUGGACGCGGACGCUGCGGCGGCGCCAUGCAGGAAGCCGGCGUCCCACUCCCUCCCGGAGCCGCCCCAGCUGUUCGCCGUCCGCGCGCGCUCCGGCCGGGUGGCCGACCUGGGCGGCGCCGGCGGCGCAGCGUUCUCGGGCCCGCCGGACACGCCGCCGCGCCCCUCGCUCGUCACCGUGCCGUUCCUCUGGGAGGAGGCGCCGGGGAUGCCCAAGGCGUCGCCUACCGCCUGCGCCGCCGCGACGACUCCGGCUGCUGCCGACGCUGGCCCCGUUCUCGAAGGCGAAACUGGCGAUCAUCAGGACAGCAGCGGCCACGCGGACCAGGCUGCGCGUCCCCUGCCGCUGAAGCUGCCCCCGCGGCUGCAGCAGGUGCCAGCGUCGCUCGCCGCGGCGGACACCCGUCAGGGCAGCUGCCACGCGGACCAGGCGCGUCCGCUGCCGCUGAAGCUGCCCCCGCGGCUGCAGCAGGUGUCAGCGUCGUUCGCCGCGGCGGACACCCCGCUGUCGUCCCCCAGCACCGUGUUCCAGGGCCCCUACUACGCCUGCGCCGGCGGCGGCAGGAGGACGCCGAGGUGGGCCCGGAGUGGCGGCGCUGCCUUUUGA